ACAGCAUCUCAACAUUCAAUACUCAGACACAUCCAUCUGAACACUUCUUUUCACCACUACUAUCUUGAUAACAGAUCCUCUUCGCUUCAAACCAACCGCCAUCAUGCAGUCCAAGAUCUUCACCGCCGCGCUCGCCGCCUUCUCCUUCGCUUCGGUUCAGGGAGCUGUUCUUCCUCGCGCCACCAUCACUCCUGGCACCAUUGUUACCCCUGGCGUCUCUUUUAACCCUGCCGAGCUUGGAGCCAACGAGCUGGCUUUCCGCACUCUCCAGGUUCUCACCGGCCAGAUUGCCCAGACCACCGCUCUCGCCAACAGCCUUGCCCUUCAGGCCACCGGCACUGCGACAGCUGCCGCGGAUCAAGUUCAGGCCGUUGUUGCUCAGCUGAGCUCCAACGCCGCUGCCAUUGCUGCCAACGUCGCCAGCAUUGUUGCUGCCGCUCCCACCGCGAUCCCGAGCCCUCCUGCUCCCACCGCUACUGCCCCUGCCACUCCCGAUGUUGGUGGCCAGGCUGAAGCUCUUGUCCGCCAGGCUCAGGCUCUCGCCAGAGCCCUGACUGCUCAGAUCGCCGCUCUCCAGGCUCAGGUCACCGCCAACGCUGGAACCGUCGCAGGAAUUGCCCAGAACGCGAUCCUCCUCCCUGCUUUGGCUCAGGCUCAGGCCGCCGCCGCUACCACUCUCGCCACCAUCGGAACCGCCAGCAACCUUGCUCUGGGUACUGCUGCUACCCUGACCGCCAAUGCCCAGGCCAUCGUCGACCGCGUCCGCAACGCUCAGGUCAAGCUCAACCCCGUCCUCAUCCUCGGCGCCACCCCCGAUGUUCAGUUCUAAAGAGCUCAAUAACUUUCUACAACACUCUCUAGCCCGGUCUUUCGAUGGUAUCUCAUCUUAGCCGGCCAAAAGCUUGAGCAAGACUCGCAGAACUUUCAACAAUCGCAGCCGAGUAUUUGGAAUUUGGAGGAUGACAAUAAUAUGACAAAAGGGGGAAUUGACUUACCAUUAUUAUGGACAAUAACGACCGCAACGUCUUUAAACAAGACCUACGCUCCUUGACGGAUGGCUUCUGAAUAAUUAGUAAUAUUUUAUCUAGCGAUAGGACUAUCUUUAGUACUGCUAUAAUCAAGAUAGUACCC